AUGCCAUUCAAAGAAAGUCUCACUUCACCUGCUCCCCAGCCCUCCCCCUCUCCCUCCUCCUCUUCUUCCCCAUCAUCCUCCUCAUCCCCCACCAGGCAGCCCAAAAGAAAAAGGAGAAGGCUGCAGGGUCCAGACGCGGACCCAGAAACAGUACCCGAGGGCGUCGAAAGAGAGGAAGAAGAGCCCGCUUCUUCCCCCGACGAGGCAACCCGAGCGGCCCUCAUCCGCACCGAGGUCGACGUCCCCGAGCUGAUUAGAUCGAGCAGGCCGGCCACUGCGAUCAGGCAGCCUCGCACGCAGCUGGCUACCAACCUGCCUCCGCUGUACAAGCUGGACGAUAUCUACCAAGAUAUCACCACCAAGGCGCUGGUUCUGGGCCUCGGUGCUGUCUUGAAGCAUCUGCGCGGUAGGGCCUUGCGGGUGGCCACUAUGUGUUCUGGCACUGAGAGUCCAUUGUUGGCCAUGGAGCUCGUACAGCAGAAUCUGAGGAAGCACUUCGGCACGACCUUCAACUUCCGCCACUUGUUCAGUGCUGAGAUCGUGCCAUUCAAGCAGGCGUACAUCGAACGCAACUUCCACCCUAAGGUCAUCUUUCGCGAUGUGACCGAGUUGAGGGAUCGAGUGGCACAAACGGUGUACGGGUCUUUGGAAAAAAUCCCCAAGAACGCAGAUCUCCUCAUUGCUGGAUUCGCGUGCGUGGACUUCUCAAACCUGAACAACAACCGCAAGACCCUGGACCAAAACGGUGAGUCUGGGGGCACGUUUUGGGGCAUCAUCCGCUAUGCUCGCGCCUAUCGGCCGCGGAUGGUCAUCCUAGAGAACGUCCGCAGCGCGCCCUGGGAUGCCAUCAAGGAGCACUGGAAUGAGAUCAACUACUAUAGUGUCUAUUUGGGUGUAGACACCAAGUCGUACUAUCUUCCGCAGACGCGCGAGCGGGGGUAUCUUUUCUGCGUUGAUAGAGAGCUCAUGAAAAAGGGCAAUUUCUCAGAGGAACAUAUGCUGAGAUGGUCGGCUGUCUUUGAAGGAUUCCAGCGUCCUGCAAGCUCCCCUGCUGGGAUGUUUCUCAUUGAUGCGGAUGAUAGACGCCUGGGCCAAAUCGAACAAGACGUAAUUGGGAAGAUUCCAUGCAAUCCUCGCGAAUGGUCGAGGUACCAGAUCAGGCACCAAACCUAUCGCAACGAUCAGAAGCUUGGGGAUGAACGUCCGGUCAGCAAAUCGAAAGACCAAGAAAUUUGUCAGAUGCCUGAUUUCUACUGGCACGGUUGGGCGAGGUCGUUGCCGGAGCGUGUUUGGGAAACCUUGGAUAUUAAUUAUCUUCGCAAGCUUGCUGAGUUGGAAGGAUAUGACAUGAACUACAAGGAACGGUAUCUUGAGCUCUCCCAAGGUGUAGACAGAGAUGGGGACUGCCGUGCUUUUGGAAUCGUUGGCUGCAUCACCCCCAGUGGCAUUCCAUACGUCACAACUCGCGGGGGACCCAUCUGCGGUCUAGAGGCACUUGCAUUGCAAGGAUUGCCCCUGGACAGACUUUCGCUGUCGCGAGAGUCCAAGAGAGACCUGCAUGACUUGGCUGGGAACGCGAUGAGCUCGACUGUCGUUGGAUGCGCGAUCUUAGCGGCCUUGAUCGUCGGCCAUGGUGUUCUCAAAAAAGGCGAGGCGACGCUCAUUCCAGAGCACACCAUCCACAGGGACAAAGACCUUUCUCCUAGAGCUGAGUACAGCCAGGUGCCAUGCUUUGUACCGGUCAACCCUGAUGGAAAGAUGGUAUCCCCCUGCUUGUUAGCACAGAGUGCGACAAGCGCUCGAUAUUGCAUAUGCGAAAGACAGUUCGCUACACGGCAGGCAAUCUUGAGAUGCACCCUGUGCGGACACACAGCCUGUGCAGACUGUGCUGGCAAUCCAUCGCAUGCUUAUGAGCGUUGCCCUGGCUUAGAGCGAAGCACCCCGCUGGAUUUUGCCGAUAGGAUCAAGAGGACCCUGCCCAUGAGAUUGGUGGUGUACGGUAUUUCCGUUGGAGCAUACUCCUCCUUCGAGCAAGCAAACCCCCCGAUAGCCAGUAAAGACUGGGCAGAAUUUAUGGAGGCAGUCCUUCAAACUGUCGGGGAUGAGCUUCGCUUUUCUGAUUCCAAACGAAGCGAGCUCUGGACAGUCUCAUACGAAGGCCAGCACUCAACACUUAAACUUUUAAUCGACAGCACCGGUUUCCAGUGGCUUCUGUUUGCCAAGGCCCCCAGCUCCGAGCCCAGCUUGUCUUUCCUGCGCGAGGUCCUCCUCCACCCCAUUGCUCGGAUGAAUCCCAAGCCGGGAACGCUCUUAGAGGGAGACUGGGAAAUAUGCAGCCCUAUCAGUUCGGUGUCGUCGACGGAGGCCAGAUGUGGACUGAAAAAAGACGAAUUUGCCAAUUCCAUCGAUAUCAAAAAUCUUGAUGUUGAUAUCCGAGGCCUCUACAAACUGUUGCCGGAUUGCGGGACCGCCAAUGGAUGCUUGCAUAAAAGGGAAGCGUCAGGAAGCAUGCCCGCCGUGUAUCUUUUUCUGGACCCAACCAAGCUUGGAAUCGCGCGUCACGAUACCUUUGUCUUCUCUUUGGAACAUCGUCGUAACGCAGGUUAUUCCAAACGGCACACUCUGGCGGAGGUAUCGCACAAAUGGCGAUCGAGAAAUUUGCAGGACGACCCACAGACAGCCAACGUCUUCUAUCGCAAAUGGUGUAAGGCGCCAUCUGUUGCUCUGGGCAUUUAUGCCCCCGAUGCCCCCAUUGACUGUUAUCACUUGAAGUCCUCGACCGUCAUCGCCAUUGAGAACGCUGGCUGCAUUGAUGCGAACAUCACGUUGGUAUCUGUCACCGCGCCGGCCGCGGCACUUGAAUCACUAUGGAGCAAAGGCCCUUGGGAAGUGGCUGACCCAAUGUCCUCGCCAUCGCUGAUGCGAGAAUUUUCUUGGUUACUCCAGAAGGUCUCCGGAAUCUCAGUAUUUCAGAACUGGAAUGCUGUCGUGCACAAAAACCAGCAUAAAGAGGGUCCUGAACCAUGCUCUUCCUGCGUACCGCCAAAGCCACAAAUGAUAUGGGGCCGUGAUGGAGCAGGAAAGGCGAAGGCGUACGAGGAUUUCCACGGCGCGGCAGUGUAUGAACGACGGAUGAAAUUGAGACCCCCAGCCUUUUUAAUUUUCCACUGCGUCGAUGAUGGAAACGUUGGGCAUUUCCAUAUCACACUCAACGUGCAGACACUUUUGCACCAGGCGUAUGUCAGGCUUCUUGGACGCAAUGUCGUGGAGGACAUCUCUUUUCAUUGGCGACUUGUCCCCAACUACCUCGAUACACGAGACUUCGUAUUCCCCAAGUUUGUUUUGGCCAACAAUCGAGCUGACGCUGAAACGAGCCAGCCUCCGGAAUUCCGGUUUAGUCUUCGCCCUGAACAGCUCCGUUCCUUGGGGUGGAUGAUAAAGCAAGAGGAUGAGAACGCAGAGCCUUUCAUCGAACAGGAGAUUGAGGAGUCGUUCAUACCAUCUCUGAUGUGGCGUGCAGAGGGCAGAGUCACUACUUCCAAAGUGGUCCGCGGAGGUGUGCUGGCGGACGAGGUCGGCUACGGGAAAACUGCGAUCAUACUUGGAUUGAUCGACGCCCAGCAUAAUAGAAGUCCGCCGCACAUGCAGGAGGCAAUCCAAGGACACAUUUCCACCAAAGCCACCCUCAUUGUGGCGCCACAGUUGAUGCUGCAGCAGUGGAAAUCGGAGAUUCAUAAGUUUCUUGGGAACAGGUACCGUGUCUUGGUCAUUCAUUCAAGCUUGGCUCUUUCGAAGCAGACUGUGCGCGACUUUCAACAGGCCGACAUUAUCCUGGUUUCUUGGUCCAUCUUGAAUAGCAGUCUGUAUUUUCGAAAACUGCAACGGUUCACCGGAGUGCCCAAGAUCCCCAAUGGACCAGGCCGAAGAUUCGACGAUUGGUUCCAAAGAGCGAGAGAUGCUCUCAAGAAACAGGUCAAGAUACUGACGAAUGACGGCACCACUGCUCUGUUGGAUUCCAUACGGCUUCGAUGGAAACGCAUGGAGGAAAGCGAGGAGAGAUACACUUAUAUCCCCUCGCAGAGACUGAGGGGGCAGCGAUAUGCCGACGCCAAUGAAGACAAGGACACAGCGGAAGAAUCGAAUUACGCCGAUAUCUCCAGUGCCGACGAGUCUUCGGACGCAAGUGAUGACGAGAAUCCGGACAAGCUGCGGGCCAAUAUAGACCGGUACAUCAGACUCAGAUCUCGUACUCACGUCCACUCCGAGGACCACGUCGGUGAGGACGCAGACCUAAACUUCCUGAGUAAAGAAAACGACUUGGCUUCUGAAUCGCUCAAGAUUCCUCUUUUUCACGCAUUUGCGUUCGACCGUCUUGUCAUUGACGAGUUCACAUAUGUCAACACUAGCCAGCUUAUCUCCCUCCAGACCAUACAGGCGAGGUCGAGGUGGGCACUGUCUGGAACGCCCCCACUCAACGAUGCCCCCGACGUCAACACCACAGCUUCUUUGCUGGGUGUGCAUCUUGGGGUUGACGACGAUGACGAGCGAUCUGAGAACACCCGGGUCAAGACUAUCAGAAAACAGCGGUCCGAUGCUGAAGCGUUCGAAUCCUUCCGAACUCCUCGCACUGAAGCAUGGCAUCGAAGCCGCCAUGAGCUUGCUCAGAGAUUUCUGGAUCGUUUCAUGCGGAAGAAUAUCGCGGAGAUCGAUGAGAUCCCCUUCGUCGAGCACAUUGUUUUAGCCCCCCAGCAGAUCAUGGCUUGCAGCGGCCGGCUUCGCAAAACCGGUAGAGCUGCUUACGGGAGUGACCAGGCCUGGCGUGUGGACGAGAUGAUCAACAGUAGCGAGACGCCUGAAGAGGCACUGCUCAAGCAGUGUACGUCUCUUGCAUUCCAGAGUCAAUCGAACGAUGGACUUGUCGAGGGUGACACCUGCGAGCGGCUCAUUCAGAUCCGCGAAUCACAACUCCACGACUUGAAAAAAAAGCUAUGUGAGGUAGUCCAAAAGACGAGGGCACUUUUGACCGUCUUCAAGCCCAAACCUGAACCAAUCUCCGACAUUACAGCACUCAUCUUGGAUCGCGACUUUGGCGACGUGCGCGUGGCCAAGAGGGCCUACAGUUUGAUCGAAAGUGCAAUCAUGAGCGCGCCUUCCCCAAAGAAACACGACAACUCUGAACCGUCGCAGGACUCUAUUGCGACAGAGCCACAAGCUGGUCCUUUGGAGAACGAGGCCCCCGUGGAUAACGGAGCAGAGGAAGACCGCGAACCACCGGCGUCGCAAACUCCGACGGCUGGCGAAGACAAAAAGAUGCGUGACACCAUGGAGACCAUACGAAACCUGAUGGUGGAGUGGGUUCUGCAAAAAAGGGCCCUUCGGUUCCUUCAUACCGCACGCCUGAUCCAAGACGGGCGAGAAGACCUCCAGUGCCGCGGCUGUGGGACGCAGCCACAGUUUGUCGCGCAACUGGAUAUUCUGGGGUCAUGCGGCCACCUCCUCUGCCCCCAAUGCAUGGCCAUGGUGGCCCGCGAGGAAGAACGGCACAAUAUCGUCAAGGCAUUGUCCCUGAAAGAAAUCGCCAUGAAUAAACAUCCCCAGUCCAACAGUAGCAAACUAUGCCGACUCGUGCAGACCAUCCAGGGUAUCCCCGCGAGAGAAUACACCCUACUUUUCAUCCAAUUUUCCGAGCUCAUGGACGUGGCGUCUCGAACGCUGGACUCAGCCAGGAUCCCGCAUUUCCAACUGCAGAAGUUCGGAUCUGGUGAUGAGAGGGUUUUGAUAUUGAGUUUGGAUAAUGAGAUGGCCGCCGGGUUAAACCUCCAAUGCGCCAACCACGUCGUCUUCCUCUCGCCCAUGCUGGCACAGACCCAGUAUGACUAUGACUCGGCCAUGACCCAAGCCAUAGGCCGCAGCCGCCGCUACGGACAGAGUAAAACCGUGCACAUUUACCACCUGCUUGCCAAGGGGACCGUCGAUGUCAGUAUCUUCCAACGUCGGCGGGAGAAAGUCCUCUUGGACAAAGAUGGUGAAGCUGUCUUAGUCUCGCAGGAGGAGGCGAUGGGGUGUGAGACGAUGCGUUGCGAAGGACCAUCUUUGGAAGUAGACGAUCUCAUUUGA